UGUCUCCAACACCUACUUGUCUUCUCUCAAUAGUGAAUAGGCUUCUAGUUCAGAGCUUAGAACUCAGAACUGAGAAGUGUGCAAGUGCUCCUUGAUCUUGGCUUGUUUUUCUUUGUUAAUGUCUUCCCUAUAAGGUAUAGCUGUAGUAUUAAUGGCGGCAAUAGAGAAGCUGUGGGAGGAGGUGAGGGAACUCAGCUUGGGCACCUCCUCCCGGGUUGAACGUCUCGAAGGACCCCCAUCCCCACUUCGGUUCCUGAGAGAUUUCGUCUCCGCCAACAGACCCUGCAUCAUCUCCAACGCCACCCUCCACUGGCCCGCCAUUACUUCCUGGACUGACGACGCCUACCUCACUCGAGCUCUCUCCGCCUCCGACUCCACUGACGCCUCCACCACCGCCAGUGCUCUUGUCUCCGUCCACCUCACUCCAGACGGCCGAGCCGACGCCCUCGUCCCCCGACCCGAUGACCCUUCUUCCCUCUGCUUUGCUUCUGCUCAUGUAGAACGGAUGCCCUUUGAUCUUGCUCUCAAACACAUUUCCAAUUCUUCUUCUGGUUCAAUUUCAAAGCCAUUCGUCGCAUAUGCCCAGCAGCAGAAUGAUUGCUUUCGCUCCGAGUACUCUGCUCUUUCUCCCGACGUUGAAUCCCACAUUCCCUGGGCAACAGAAGCACUGGGUUGCUUCCCUGAAGCAGUCAACCUCUGGAUUGGCAACCAUCUCUCUGAGACCUCCUUCCACAAGGACCAUUAUGAGAACUUAUAUGCCGUCAUCUCCGGCGAGAAGCAUUUCCUCCUUCUCCCCCCGACCGACCUUCACAGGAUGUAUGUUCGCGAAUAUCCUGCUGCCCAGUACAUCUAUUCCCAGGAUACUGGUGAAUUCACAUUGGAACUUGAGAAACCGGUGAGAAAUGUGCCUUGGUGCAGCGUGAACCCUUACCCAUCACUUAGCAAUGAAGAAAGGGAGAUAUCCUUGUACCCAUUAUAUUUCAAUGGCCCAAAGCCACUUGAGUGCACUGUCAAGGCUGGAGAAAUUCUUUACUUGCCAAGUAUGUGGUUUCAUUAUGUUAGGCAGAGUCCAGACAGUAGAGGGCGCACUGUUGCAAUAAACUAUUGGUAUGAUAUGCAGUUUGAUAUUAAGUAUGCAUACUUCAACUUCUUGCAGUCAAUUCAUUAUCCAUCAUCCAAUAUAUCAGGAUCUUCUGAAAAAGAACGUGACAGUUUACAAUCUGAUGGAUCUGCAUGUCAUCCAAUCAAUGAAUCAAACUGCAACAUUAAUGGCAAAGGGAAUUCAGGUGAGGAAUCACCAUGAAACUGGUUGAUUGAAUGUUUGAGUAAAAAUCUUGACAUGUUUGAAAAUGGAGUAGGGUGCUAUGAUCUCAUAUCGAGUGAAUGACUGGCAAAGGGGCCUUUUCUCUCCUUUGGGAUAAUAGUAGAUGGAUUCUUCUUUCCUGUUUCUUGCUCUGCAGAGAGCUGCUGAGGGUCUGGGAUAGGUAUUUGCCAUUGGCAUCAGUGAUUGGAAUCGCUUUUAUUUGGUUGUGGAUUGAUUUGGUGUAUCUUCAUUGUAUUAUUGUUGUGUUGAUAAUCCAAUAACAAAUAAGGACAGGAAAGUAAAGUCUUGUUAUGCAGGUUAAGAAAACCAUCUCUAAAUCUUAAUAUACAAGCAAUAUACAGGAGAAAGGAGUGAUGAUAAUGGAAAAUGAAUAUCCAAUGCCAUGUAUGCUGGGUCUUCUUGCAUUCAGAAUUAGUGAAAACAAAGAGUAUGUCUAAAUUUAGUUGUUUUUGUA